UGCAUAUUUUCCAGCGGAUCCCCCGUGGCCUCAUGUCGCGCAGCAGCGGAACCGAUCCUGAGCAGCGCCAGCAGGCGUCAGAGGCGGGCGCCGCAGCAGCAACCUUCCGGGCAAGCGGUAACUGCACCGCGGCAGGGACUCCCUGAGGCGCGGAGCCGAGCCCUCCCCUUCUUUAGGAAGCUCUCGCCCCCACCUAAGGUUGGAACGCUCAUCCCGAGCCAGACCGAUGAGGCAUACAGUCGCCUGUACCAUCAGCAUAUACGCUACAACCCACUGCAGGAUGAGUGGGUGCUGGUGUCAGCUCACCGCAUGAAGCGGCCCUGGCAGGGUCAAGUGGAGCCCCAGCUUCUGAAGACAGUGCCCCGCCAUGACCCCCUCAACCCUCUGUGUCCCGGGGCCACCCGAGCCAAUGGAGAGGUGAAUCCCCACUACGAUAGCACCUUCCUGUUUGACAACGACUUCCCAGCUCUGCAGCCUGAUGCCCCCAGUCCAGGACCCAGUGAUCAUCCCCUUUUCCAAGCAAAGGCUGCUCGAGGAGUCUGUAAGGUCAUGUGCUUCCACCCCUGGUCGGAUGUAACGCUGCCACUCAUGUCGGUCCCUGAGAUCCGGGCUGUUGUUGAUGCAUGGGCCUCAGUCACAGAGGAGCUGGGAGCCCAGUACCCUUGGGUGCAGAUCUUUGAAAACAAAGGUGCCAUGAUGGGCUGUUCCAACCCCCAUCCCCACUGCCAGGUGUGGGCCAGCAGUUUCCUGCCAGAUAUUGCCCAGCGUGAGGAGCGAUCUCAGCAGACCUAUAAGAGUCAGCACGGAGAGCCCCUGCUAAUGGAGUAUAGCCGCCAGGAGCUACUCAGGAAGGAACGUCUGGUCCUAACCAGUGAGCACUGGUUAGUACUGGUCCCCUUCUGGGCAACGUGGCCCUACCAGACACUGCUGCUGCCCCGUCGGCAUGUGCAGCGGCUACCUGAGCUGACCCCUGCUGAGCGUGAUGAUCUAGCCUCCAUCAUGAAGAAGCUCUUGACCAAGUACGACAACCUCUUUGAGACGUCCUUUCCCUACUCCAUGGGCUGGCAUGGGGCUCCCACAGGAUCCGAGGCCGGGGCCAACUGGGACCACUGGCAGCUGCAUGCUCAUUACUACCCUCCGCUCCUGCGCUCUGCCACUGUCCGGAAAUUCAUGGUUGGCUACGAAAUGCUUGCUCAGGCUCAGAGGGACCUCACCCCUGAGCAGGCUGCGGAGAGACUAAGGGCACUUCCUGAUGUUCAUUACAGCCUGGGGCAGAAGGACAGGGAGACAGCAACCAUCGCCUGACCAUGCCGACCACAGGGCCUUGAAUCCUUUUUUUUUUUCCAACAGUCUUGCUGAAUUAAGCAGAAAGGGCCUUGAAUCCUGGCCUGGAAUUUGGGCAGAUAUAGCAUUAAUAAAACUGUGCAUCUCAAACUUUAAUCAC